UCAAAUAAUAGUGGCUUACCUUAUCCCCUUCCCCUCUGUCUCUCUCCAGCAGUGAUCUUCAAACAAAACCAGACAGAACACAAACACUUCCUCUGCUUCAAACCCAUAUAUUAUGCAACCAAUCCCGAACUCAUCACUCGCAAAUCCAACACUCUCAUAAUUUUUUAGCUAAAAUAAAAUGGCAGCAGCACCAUUGUGCGACUCAUCUCUAGUAAACCGCUUCCCUACAAAAUCUCUCCUCAGCAACCAAAAUUAUUACCAUGUCACCAAAACCCAUCUCUUGUCGCCAUUUUUGGGUACAAAAUUACCUCAAGUGUUCACUUCUGGUGCUGCUAAAACACCAUUAAAAGUGGGGAGUGACAGAAUUAGAAAGCGGAGGAUGUGUGCAGUAGCUUCACUAGGUGGUCUAUUAGGUGGGAUUUUUAAGGGGACUGAUACAGGAGAAUCCACAAGGCAACAGUAUACUCCAACUGUAAAUAGUAUUAAUAAAUUAGAAUCUGAAAUGUCUUCAUUGUCUGAUUCUCAACUCAGAGAUAAAACUUCUGCUUUAAAGGAACGUGCCCAGAAUGGUGAAUCUUUGGAUUCUCUUUUACCCGAAGCAUUUGCUGUUGUAAGAGAGGGUUCCAAGAGAGUUUUAGGACUUCGUCCAUUUGAUGUGCAACUCAUCGGUGGAAUGGUUCUUCAUAAGGGUGAAAUUGCUGAAAUGAAGACGGGAGAAGGGAAGACACUUGUUGCUAUUUUGCCAGCUUAUUUGAAUGCGUUAACUGGGAAAGGAGUUCAUGUUGUAACUGUUAAUGAUUAUUUGGCACGAAGAGAUUGUGAAUGGGUUGGUCAAGUUCCCCGAUUCCUUGGUUUGAAGGUUGGCCUUAUUCAACAGAACAUGACAAGUGAACAAAGAAGAGAGAAUUAUCUGUGUGACAUCACAUAUGUUACCAACAGUGAACUUGGUUUUGAUUACUUGAGGGAUAAUCUAGCCACGAGUGUUGAGGAGCUAGUCUUGAGAGGAUUUAAUUACUGUGUAAUUGAUGAAGUUGAUUCUAUUCUUAUUGAUGAAGCAAGAACUCCUCUCAUCAUAUCUGGACCUGCAGAGAAACCAAGUGAUCGAUAUUAUAAGGCUGCAAAAAUAGCAUCAGCCUUUGAAAGAGAAGUACAUUACACUGUAGAUGAGAAGCAGAAAACAGUUUUGCUCUCAGAACAGGGUUAUGAGGAUGCUGAAGAAAUUUUGAAUGUAAAGGACUUGUAUGAUCCGCGAGAACAGUGGGCAUCAUUUGUUCUAAAUGCAAUAAAAGCAAAAGAGCUAUUUCUUAAAGAUGUAAACUAUAUCAUACGUGGCAAGGAAGUUCUAAUUGUGGAUGAGUUUACUGGCCGAGUUAUGCAGGGGAGGAGAUGGAGUGAUGGACUUCACCAAGCAGUUGAAGCAAAAGAAGGUUUGCCCAUUCAAAAUGAAACAGUAACCCUGGCGUCGAUUAGCUACCAAAACUUCUUUCUCCAGUUCCCAAAACUUUGUGGAAUGACUGGCACUGCAGCAACUGAAAGCACAGAAUUUGAGAGUAUUUACAAACUUAAAGUUACAAUUGUUCCUACGAACAAGCCCAUGAUAAGAAAGGAUGAUUCAGAUGUAGUUUUCAGGGCAACUACAGGAAAAUGGCGGGCUGUUGUGGUAGAAAUUUCUCGAAUGAAUAAAACAGGUCGACCAGUGCUUGUUGGCACAACAAGUGUUGAACAGAGCGAUGCACUGUCGGCACAGUUGCGAGAAGCUGGUAUUCCUCAUGAGGUUCUCAAUGCAAAACCAGAGAAUGUGGAGAGAGAAGCUGAGAUUGUAACACAGAGUGGUCGUUUUGGGGCAGUUACAAUUGCUACAAAUAUGGCAGGUCGAGGAACAGAUAUUAUUCUUGGUGGAAAUGCAGAAUUUAUGGCAAGGCUGAAGCUACGUGAGAUGCUAAUGCCAAGGAUUGUUAAGCCAGCAGAAGGUAUUUUUGUAUCAGUAAAGAAAUCUCCUUCAAUGAAGACGUGGAAGGUCAAUGAAAAGUUGUUUCCAUGCAAUUUGAGUAAUGAGAUGACUAAGUUGGCUGAGGAAGCUGUACAGUUGGCUGUAAAAUCUUGGGGCCAGAGAUCAUUGACUGAACUUGAAGCAGAGGAGCGUCUAUCUUACUGUUGUGAAAAGGGCCCUGCUCAAGAUGAAGUCAUAGCUAAGCUGCGGAAUGCCUUUCUACAAAUUGUUACAGAAUAUAAGAUAUACACCGAGGAAGAAAGGAAGAAGGUUGUGUCAGCCGGUGGACUACAUGUGGUGGGGACAGAAAGACAUGAAUCACGCCGAAUCGACAAUCAGCUUCGUGGUAGAAGUGGUCGUCAAGGGGAUCCGGGAAGUUCCCGCUUUUUCCUAAGUCUUGAAGAUAACAUUUUUAGAAUCUUUGGUGGUGACAGAAUCCAGGGCUUGAUGAGAGCUUUUCGAGUGGAAGACUUGCCGAUUGAGUCCCAGAUGUUGACAAAAGCCUUAGAUGAAGCUCAGAGGAAAGUGGAAAACUACUUUUUUGACAUCCGGAAGCAACUUUUUGAGUAUGAUGAAGUCCUGAAUAGCCAAAGAGAUCGUGUUUAUACUGAGAGGAGACGAGCUCUUAAAUCAGACGAUCUCCAAUCUCUUAUUAUUGAAUAUGCUGAAUUGACAAUGGAAGAUAUCGUAGAGGCAAAUAUUGGUUCUGAUGCUCCAAAGGAAAGUUGGGAUUUUGAAAAGCUCAUUGCAAAAGUUCAACAAUACUGCUACCUGUUGAACGAUUUAACUCCUGAUCUGCUUAGAAGUAACUGUUCAAGUUACGAGGAAUUGCAGGAUUACCUUCGUCUUCGAGGCCGUGAAGCUUAUAUGCAGAAAAGGGAAAUUGUGGAAAAAGAAGCACCAGGCUUGAUGAUGGAAGCUGAGAGAUUCUUGAUCUUAAGCAAUAUUGAUCGCCUGUGGAAGGAGCAUUUGCAAGCAAUCAAGUUUGUUCAGCAAGCCGUAGGCUUGCGUGGGUAUGCACAGCGUGAUCCGCUUAUUGAGUAUAAGCUAGAAGGCUAUAAUCUCUUCUUGGAGAUGAUGGCUCAGAUCAGAAGAAAUGUUAUAUACUCCAUUUAUCAGUUCAAACCUGUGCUAGUAAAGCCUGAUGAGGAAAAAAAUCAAAAAAAGAAAUCAGCCAAGCUUGUCACAAACGGUAGAGGUGGCAGUAAGGAUGUUGAUCCUGUUGGUGCCGCAGAGUCCUCUUCAUCGGCUGCAAGCCCUCAGGCAAGCGCUUGACACCUUCAAGUACGAGCUAGAAUUUUUUUUCAAAAGGGUUGAAAUCCAGAAAAGUCUUCUUAUUUUCUGGUAUUAGUGAAUAGCAAUCACAUGUUGUAUAAUACCAAGUAAAGAGAAAAGCAUUAUUCUGUUCAUUUGUACUAUAGAACCACACCAUUGAAAUCAGAAAAGAUGUAGAAAUUGUAACAUUAACGUAGGGCUUCAUAUUUUUUUCCCUCGGUCAUAAUAAGAAGUGAUUAGAAACA